AGGUUCAUUGGCAAUUCGACGUAUUUACUGCAAACCCGACAAAACAUAAAAAAAAUUAAGAGUACAAAAGAGAAAAUUGCAAUAUGCUCAAAUUUGAAUUAAAAUAAUUUUUUUUGGCAACAAUUUACGAAAAAGGUGAAAGAACACCGCACACUAACACUAGCAAUCAUACAUUAAAUGUAUCUAUAAUCCGCAGUUAUCGAUGAUCUGUUCAAAUUCCGAUGAGUACGGAUAAUCGGGGUUUCACUGCGUUAAUAAUCCAUCCAGUCUAAAGAACUUAUAGCUCCGUUAAUUUUUAUUCGCCCAUCACUACAACGUAAAUGACGUUUCGUUGCGAAAAAAUAAAAGAAAACAACACAUGAAAAACACAAAGCAAAAACAACUUUUCGUAAGCAACCUGAGUAAUUCUGAAGUAAAUUAGCAGUGCAAUCGGAAGGGGAAAAGUCGCCCCAACUGAUGCAAAUGGUGCAGCGGUCGUCAGCAGGUGCUGCUUAAAUCGAUAUCGAAACAUUUCGUCACAAUCACGGUUUAGUGAUAAGAGAGAGAGACGCAAUCCGAUAGUGUACUGCAUCGUACGACAAUUGUAGCGGUAGAUUGAUAAAAAGGCCUAUUUUUUGGCGUGCUGUGUAACACAUCUGGACGAACAGGAUGGCAGAACCGAAUGCGCUGCCACCGGACGUAAAUCCAGAAAACAAUCCCAUUCCCGGUGCACCAUUAAUCAAUCCCGCUCGACCGAGGAACAAUGUGCAGAAUCCCCUGAUAAAUGUACGCGAUCGACUGUUUCACGCGCUUUUCUUCAAGACGGCCAUUGCUUACGCGCAGACGAUACCACGACCGGUUCGACGUGCGAUUGAGCUAAUGAUGCUGCUGAAAGCGUUGACUGCGUUUUUCAUCCUUGCCUACAUCCAUGUUCGCUUUUCGCAAACACCAACGACGUGCCUGGAGCACGUGAAAGAUGAUUGGCCACGGGAUGGCAUCCUGCGUGUGGAAAUUGCAAGCCUUAGCCAAAGUGAGUACGGCACAACCAAGCCAACGUCUUCGGAGAUGCUCGAUGAGGGAGACGUUAAUGUACUACGGAAUACACUAAAAAAUGGAAUGAUCAGCAUUGAUCCAUCCACGACGCUACCCCACGAGGAGGAACACAAUCAAAAUGGCGCGGACGCGUUGGUGCAGCAUAGUUAUGCUAACAGUAGUCCGCUACCGAAUGAAAAGGCACCGUAUGGACAGGAACCGAUGACGUCGGACCUUUAUUCUACCACGCGGCAGGAAAACGCCCUUGUCACCGAGAACCUUACCGGUGUGACCAUAAACAGUACACCGUUUCCGGGCGCUGGUGAAGCAAUCGAAGGCAAUGAGCCUGAUACUGUUCCGAAAGUAGCUGACCCCGUUGCAAUGUCCGUGGAAGCGAAUGUGGCCCAGCCGCAAGAUAAUGUGGUAGUUUAUACUAAUGAAACUAUCAUAAAAUCGCUGGAUACACUCACUCCUGCGCACGGUGGGGAGGAACUAAAGUCGGAUGUACCGGUGAUGGAAAAACUUCGCAAUGCGGUUCUAUCAGCCGAUCAAUACAUCGUGGAAUAUUCACUCGAGUAUGGAUUUCUACGACUUUCGGCUGCUACACGGCAGCGGUUGAAUAUUCCGGUAGCGGUCGUACGGCUCGAUCCUCAGGUUAACAAGUGUUUCGGUGAUUCAUUUAGCCGGUUGAUUUUGAAACAUUUCCUCGGCUACGAUGAUAUAUUGAUGGCGUCGGUUAAGGUGCUGGCUGAACAAGAAGACAACAAGGGCUAUCUGCGGAAUGUCAUUACCGGUGAACACUUUCGGUUUGUAUCGGUCUGGUGGAUGGGUCGUGGAUCGUACACUGCAGCAUUCUUCAUAAUGGUUCUAUUCACAAUUUCCAUCUCCAUGCUGUUACGCUAUUCCCAUCAUCAGAUAUUUGUGUUUAUAGUGGAUUUGCUGCAGAUGCUGGAAUUUAACAUACCUGUUAGGUUUCCUGCCGCACCGUUGCUGACUGUUAUAUUGGCUUUAGUCGGCAUGGAAGCCAUCAUGUCGGAGUUCUUCAACGACACCACGACCGCGUUCUACAUCAUCUUGGUGGUUUGGUUCGCCGAUCAAUACGAUGCAGUUUGCUGUCAUACAAAUGUCACUAAACGUCACUGGUUGAGAUUCUUCUAUUUAUAUCACUUCUCCUUCUAUGCGUACCACUACCGGUUCAAUGGACAGUAUAGCAGCUUGGCGUUAUGCACUUCUUGGUUGUUCAUUCAGCAUUCGAUGAUCUACUUCUUCCACCACUAUGAAUUGCCUGUCAUCAUUCAGCAAGCCCAGCUGCAGCAGAUCCUCAUCCAAACUCGAAAUGAUCAGGCUCAAGCUCAGCAAGGCAACUUCCAACAACGGCCUCAACCACAGCAGCAGCAGCAACAGCAACGUUCAAAUGCACCUAACCAACAGCAACCUAAUCGCCGUCCGAAUCAACGUCCUCAAGGAUUGGCGGCGGCCGUCGCCCAAAACUAUAGCCUCCAGUGGACAAAUUUGCUGCGUGUGCUGCGUUUGUUGCGGCGCCAAAACGACAACAAUAACAACAUCGGUGACAUCCUGAAUCGCCUUCCGCGCUACAGUUUGCACACGUUAAACGUGAACAACAUCAAUGGGUUAAACGCGUCGCUGCGGGACAUUGCCCGCAAUUCGAUUCAGUAUCUGCGAUCGAAUCUGAACGUGGGUAUGGCGAUGCUGGGAGGCAAUGCUGCCAUUAAUCUAUACAACAAUAAUAACAACAUGUUUGGCAUGCAGCACCGCUUCGUACGGGCGGCCGUAGGUUUGGUGCACAAUCGCAACCCAACGCUUCAGGAUGCACCCUUAAAUGAUGAAGGUGGUAACCGAGAGCCACCGCUUGAUCGACGCAGCAAUUAUCAACGUAAUUAUGAGGAAAACAAUUUCAUUUUCCCGGAGGCGGUUCUAACUCCCCAGCAGCAGCAGCAACAGUCGACGGAAGCACCCCACAGUCAACGGGAUGUAUCGUCCGUUGUCGGGGGUAGUUUUACUCCAGACGCUGCGGCGUCUUACCGAUCAUCUUCGAUCGACGAUCGACAGCAGAAGACCUCGAUCGGUAGCAUAUCGCUCACGCAGGACGUUAGCGAUGCGCAUUGCGUGGUCAGCAAGCAACAGCAGCAGCAAGGUGCUGCUGGGGCCAUUGAAGUGCCAGUCGUUGCCAUCGUCGAUCGAGCGACGACCAGCGACGCCACUAGUCAACCACUAUCUAGUAAUAGUCACGAUUCCAACACCAGCAGCAGUAGUAGAGGGAUGACGGAAAUGAAUGUGCUGGUCGAGACGGAACAGAACACACUUCGAAGGCGGCAACAGCAAACCGAACCUGCAAAACCGAAUGAAUCAUCCCUAUAAAACUUGAUACACAGCUGAGCAGCAUCACUGUGAACGAAACGAGAAUGAGUAACAACUGGUGUGAUGAUGAUGUAUUUCUGUAUUGAUGUUUCACUGUUAGUUUGAUUUUGUGUUUCAGUCUGUAUUUUAUUUAAAUGUUGUUUUAACGCAUUCUGAAAAAAAGGUUUAUUUAUACACAACUGUUUACACUAAUCGACUAUGCUGCUGGUCAUAGGGAGCGCAUCCAUGGUUGAGAAGAAGGGCAUGCACAUGCCCUGUAUCGUGCUUGUGAUAUGUACAAUGGACAAGCUAUAUGUCAAUGACAAGCUACUACGCCGAGAAACAUGCCGUUACAUUUACAGAACAAUAAAAAUGACUUUAAACGCCACGGAUACACUGGAUACAAUAAUCAGUAAAUAUUGAAACAAACGAUCCGAUCGUAGAAACGUCGGUCGCUUCACGAUCAUCUGGGUUUGCCUAUGAAAGGAGGCAGAAAAGUAAAAGGAAACAUACAUUACUUGUACAUAUAGAAGCGAUGAAUGUUGAAGUUUUUAUCAUACUAAAGUAUAUUAUUAUUUUUUAUUAUUCAGUUUUGGCGAAACGAAAGUUGUAAAUGAAAGCAGAACGAAAGGCGUUUUGUUUUUCUUCUGGGGAACACACAUGGGGACAUUUCACGAAGUAAAGAACUUAUCAAGACAAUGUAGUCAGGCUAGAGUUAGAGUAGCGAAACGGAUUGUCGUACUGCUGUGUACGUCAGUCAGUUGCAUAUGGUUUUCGUUUUACAUUAGUCCAAGUUUGUCGUUCCAUGUUCCCCACUUAAACAAGGAUUAACGAAAUAAUGCCUAAAUGAGCUUCAUUUCCCGGCUUUCAGAGUUCCCUUACAGUGUUGGGUUAAACAAUUGCAGGCAAAUAAAACAAGCAAAGUCAAACAAAGGCCAAA